GCCUGGCCCCUGUGAAACCUGCCCGGCCGGCUCCGGGAGCGUCUGCCCAGCGCCUCGCGCCCAGAGCCCGAGCCGGAGCAGGAGCCUCGCACGCAGCCUCUGUCCCAUGGCCAGGUCCCCCCGCUGCGCCGCGGGCCGGCGACUGCAGCUGCCCCUACUGUGUCUCUUCCUCCAGGGCGCCACCACCAUCCUCUUUGCGGUCUUUGUCCGCUACGACCAGGAAACCGACGCGGCCCUCUGGCACUGGGGCAACCACAGUAAUGCGGACAAUGAAUUUUACUUUCGCUACCCAAGCUUCCAGGAUGUGCACGCCAUGGUCUUCGUGGGCUUCGGCUUCCUCAUGGCCUUCCUGCAGCGUUACGGCUUCAGCAGCCUGGGCUUCACCUUCCUCCUGGCCUCCUUUGCUCUGCAGUGGUCCACGCUCGUCCAGGGCUUCUUCCACUCCUUCCACAGCGGCUGCAUCCACGUUGGUGUGGAGAGCAUGAUCAACGCUGACUUCUGCGCUGGGGCUGUACUUAUCUCCUUUGGGGCCAUACUGGGCAAGACUGGGCCGGCUCAGCUGCUGCUCAUGGCCCUGCUGGAGGUGGUGCUGUUUGGCAUCAAUGAGUUUGUGCUCCUAAGUCUCUUGGGGGUGAAGGAUGCAGGAGGCUCCAUGACUAUCCACAUGUUUGGUGCCUACUUCGGGCUGGCCGUCUCACGGGUCCUCUAUAGGCCCCAGCUGGAGAAGAGCAAGCAUCGCCAGGGCUCCGUCUACCAUUCAGACCUCUUUGCCAUGAUUGGGACCAUCUUCCUGUGGAUCUUCUGGCCUAGUUUCAACUCUGCACCCACUAUGCUGGGGGACGGGCAGCAUCGGACAGCCCUGAACACAUACUACUCCCUGACCGCCAGCACCCUCAGCACCUUCGCUUUGUCAGCCCUUGUCGGGGGGGAUGGGCGGCUGGACAUGGUCCACGUCCAGAAUGCAGCACUGGCUGGAGGGGUUGUGGUGGGGACAUCAGCUGAAAUGAUGCUGACACCCUUUGGGGCUCUGGUAGCUGGGUUCCUGGCUGGGACUGUCUCCACGCUGGGGUACAAGUUCUUCACGCCCGUCCUUGAGUCAAAAUUCAAAGUCCAAGACACAUGUGGAGUCCACAACCUUCAUGGAAUGCCUGGGGUCCUGGGAGCCCUCCUUGGGGUCCUUGUGGCUGGGCUGGCCACCCAUGAAGCUUAUGGAGAUGGCUUAGAGAGCGUGUUUCCGCUCAUGGCAGAGGGCAAGCGCAGUGCCACGUCUCAGGCCAUGUAUCAGUUCUUCGGGAUGUUUGUCACACUGAUGUUUGCCUCUGUGGGCGGGAGCCUUGGAGGGUUCCUGCUGAGGCUGUCCUUCCUGGGCUCCCCACCAGACUCUCAGUGCUACGAGGACCAGAUUUACUGGAAGGUGCCUGGGGAGCAUGAGGAUGAAGCCCAGGGGGCUUUGAGGGUGGAAGAACCAGACACUCAGGCCUAACUUGCUUCCAGCCCUUGAGAGGACGCUCUCCUUUUAGAAGAUGAGGACUGCCUAGCGUUGGAAAGUUCUUCUUUUCUAGCUCCCAUCCCUCUUGCUGCAAAAAAGAAGUUGUGAGAGGAAGGAGCUUCCUUUCCAUGGGCAGCAUUGGGGGAGGGGCAGUAGACGGCGGGGAGAUGGAAGAGCAGUGGGCUAACUAGCCUGUAGGGGGAGAACCUCACGCAGCCCCACCCCGCCACCCCUCUGCCUGCAAGUGAGGCGCCCAAGUGACUGCUGAUCCACUGGUACAGCAUCACACAGUUACGGGGAAGUCUGAGCCAGGGCCUGGCUCUCUGAGGGUGAUAAACACCACUGUCACCAAGGA